CGCCCCGCUUCCCGGAGCCGCCGGGGACCUCGGAGCGCGCCCCGCCCCGCCGCCGGCAUGGUGCUGCUGGCCGGGCCCGGGCCGGAGGGCGGCGGCGCGCUCCGCGUGGCCCCGCAGCCGCCGAGCCCGCCGCGGGGCCCCAAAGCCCGCGAGGACCCCGCCGCCGCCGCCGAGGAGGAGGAGGAGGAGUACGAGGACUUCUCGCGCCUGCCCGACACCCGCAGCCUCGCCUCGGAUGACUCCUUCUACCCGGCCCCGGGCCCGGAGGAGGAGCGCGGCGCCGGCCCGGAGGCAGUCCCCGAGGGCGGCCCGGAGGCGGCCACCCUCCUGCGCGCCGCUCGCGCCAACGACGUGGGGCUGCUGCGGGCGCUGGUGCGGCGCGGGCCGCGCGCGGAGGAGGCGCAGGAGACCGACCCCAACGGCCGGACCAGCCUCAUUGUCGCCUGCUACCACGGCUUUGUGGACGCUGUGGUGGUCUUGGCAGCGUGCCCCCAUGUUGACGUCAACUGGCAGGACAGCGAGGGGAACACGGCCCUAAUCACAGCUGCGCAGGCAGGCCAUGCCACCAUCACCAACUACUUGUUGAACUACUUCCCCGGGCUUGACCUUGAAAGGAGGAACGUGUUUGGGUUCACGGCCCUGAUGAAAGCUGCCAUGCAGGGCCGAACGGAGUGCAUCCGAGCCCUGAUGCUAGCAGGGGCGGACGUCCACGCCAGGGACCCCCACCGCGGGAUGUCGCCCCAGGAGUGGGCCACCUACACGGGGCGGACGGAGGCCGUGCGCCUCAUGGGGAGGCUGCUGGAGCGCCCCUGCGCGGAGCAGUUUGGGGAGAAGUACAAGGCGGAGCUGCCGCGGCCCCUCGAGGGGGCCCUGAAGCCCGGGAGCAACAAAAGCUGCCUGCAGAGGCUCACGGAGUUCGUGCGCUCCACGCUGACCCCCCGCUCGCGCCCGGGCCUGGCGGACGGGGGCGCCCUGGACCACAUGGUCAGGAUGACCACGAGCCUCUACAGCCCCGCGGUGGCCAUCGCCUGCCGGACCGUAUGCCCCGAGGACCCGCCCUGCGUGGGGAAAAGGCGGCUGGCGGUCCAGGAGAUCCUGCAGGCUCCGGGGGCCCCAGACACCCGCGCCCAGGAGAGGGACAAGGCGGAGGAGCCCGAGCAGCCAUCCCGGACCCCCCAGGCUGUGGGGGCCUCCAGGGAGGGCGCCCCGAGAGCCAGCCUGGCGGCCCCGCGGAGGACCAGCCUCCUGGCGCUGCGGAGGCGGAGCAGCGUGCGGCCCGGCGUCCCCAUCCCCCGGGUGCGCAUCACCAAGGCGCCCGCGCCCACCUUCCAGCCCGAGCGGGCGCCCGCCAAGGCCGGCGCCAAGGACAGCUCGCACCUGCAGCUGCCCAAGUGGCGGUACAAGGAGGCCAAGGAGGAGAAGCGGAGGGCGGAGGAGGCGGAGAGGCAGCGCGCGGCGGCCGCGCACAAGGGCCGGCGGGCGGCGCCCUGGAGGAGGCGGACGUGAGGCUGCGGGGAGGGUGCGGGCUGCGCGCGAGGAAGGAUGCGCUCCGGGCCCCGCUUUCUCCUGCGGGACAGGAGCCUCUAGGAGCCCCCAGAGAGCAAUCCAUGUCUGUUCAGGCUGCACCCAAGGGUGAGUGGGUCACAGCACAAAUGGCUUUGCCUAAAACCAGUUCUCCUGGCCAUCAAAUACACCUGGCGGGCAGUUUGCCUAAAAGCCUACCUGCCUUUAGAAGAACCUCAAGAAAAUUUGAAGGCCAAGUUAUCCAAGGGCAUUUUCUGUAUAAUUUUGUAUUUUAAUCACGAUAAAAUUUGCAGCAUUUUACUAGUGGUAGGGUUGUUUGUAUUUAAGACAGUUUUAAUGCAUUUAUCGAAAGAUCCUUUGCUUAAAAUGUUGCUCCUAGCAAUAAUUAUGUGUGAUAUCUCUAUGAUUUCAUACGGAAUUUAGGAAAAUUCUCCCUCCUUUUUUUGCUGAUUUUGAUCUUACUUUCCAUUCUCAUUGUGGGUACCCAUAGCCCUGUGUAUUCUUAUUGAUUUUAAUAAGUGAUGCCAAAUAUUUGUUUCUAUUUGAUGGAGACAUUUUUUUUUUUUACAGCAAAAUGAUCAAGUGAGACAGGAAUCAGAUUUCCUUAUAUCUUAUUUGUUAAAGCUAUUUUAUUCACACGGGAGUAACAAUGAAGAGAAACCUAUUGUCAAAGUAUGAGACAGUGCAUAGAGAAGCAUGUAUUUAUUGCGGGAACUAAACUCACUUUAAGCAAGGGAUUUUAGGUAAGCUGCUACAAAAUCUUUACCAUAUUCCAAAACAGAUAUAAGAAGCAAAACUCUUUUUAAUAAAAUGGGGGCAAAGCUAAUACAUUACUAUUAUUAUUAUUAGAAAAACAAAAAGUGAUAUGUGCUCUUUGAUAAAUAGAGUUCAGGUGUUCUUAAAAUAUUAGAAAGAUGCGAAACAGAUAAGGACCCCAGAGUGAAACCCCUGGAAUGGAGGGGGUAACUGGUAGAGGACCAGGGAUUAGAACUGACUUUUAGGCAAAGCCUCCUCCAGAGGGCUGGGCAGUGCACUCCUCCGACUCAGUGCCAACGAUGCCUGGUGCGGACUGCCUUUUCCUUUUCCUUUUCCUUUGAGAGCUGCCCCGAUGCUCACUUCAUCCUCACACCGACUGUGUAGAAUUUCCAAGAUGGGAUAUGGGGACUUUGGCAGAGCACAGAUGUGGCUUGCCCUGGGCCCUGAACUCUCAGUAGGAGUUUUCUGUCCACACUUUUUUUUUUUUUUUUUUUUUUUUAAUCUGCCAAGCACUGAGAAACUCUAAUGAAUCUCUGGCCAACGGGGCUGUAGAGUAUGGUCACAUAUGCACUACUGACAGCACUUUAUUUAUGUCCUGCUUGGAAGCUUAGAUUUAAAAUAUUACAGAGAGUGAGAAGCGCUGCAUUAUCCUCCUGGAUUCACAGGUCAAACCGUGUUCACUGGCGACAUUGGGCCCGGCUGUCUCAUGCUGCGGGUGGUGGCGGUGGCUCUGGCCUCUCUGUUCCCUCCCACCAGCACUACCAGGCAUUGGGUAACCAGGGGUCUCAUACUCACUCCCCACACCCUCCCUGCUGCACAUUCCAUGGGGAACAGGUGUGGUGAUAGCUCCGCUUUUAAGGUCCGAUUGUAGUGAGUUCCACCUGCAUUCCAGAGAGGCACAGGGAGGAUGGCACGGAGGGCUGGGCCCACUGUGAGCAUAGCUGGUAGCAGCUGCCUGCAGGCCACCCUGGCGCCCAGGAGCUGGGAUGGGCCAAGAUGAGGGCUGGUCCCCGAAGUGGAAGCAUCCCUGGACUCUCUGACAGUCUGGCAUCCUUUCAGAUCCCAUUUUCGGCGUUGAUGUAUUUUUGUGGCUUUGAAUGGCUGGCCGCAGUGUCUCACUCAGGGGCCAGUCCCUGCCCCUGUGACCAGUGUCAGGGCAGGGGCACGGCUGGCCCUUCUGGUUUCCAUGUCUCCUUGGCGUUGUCACACUUGUUCCCUGCCAUCCCGUUCGCCUCCUCUCCUUUUCCUCACCUGCCUUUUCUUCCUCUGCUGUUUCCUUCUCCGGGUUUGGCUAACUGCCUUAUUCAUCCCUAGCCCCACUGCUCUGAGGUCUGAACAGGGCGGGAAAGCAAGGCCACUCAGAGAGGCAGUGAGUGUCCCUGCUGAGUGUUCAUGUCAUGCCCUCCAAACACACAGUAGUGAACGAAGUGCAGAUUUUUCUAGCGUCCAAGCAGAUGGCUUAGAACCCCCCCCCCCCCCCCCCGUACUCCCUGGCUUUUAGGGAGGAAGCCCUAAGUUUCUCUCCUGACAGAUGACAACCCCCCCCCCCCCCAUCGAUGUACAGAGUGGGGAGGUCAGGUGUCUGCUUGCACCCGGAUAUUUAUGAACUAUAAAUAGUAAAUUUCAACUUGACAGGUACCUUCUCAGGGAUUUAUAUAUAAACAUAGUUAGGGGCAAAGUGGAAGUAUGUUUUAAUACUUUGUAGUGUUUGUAUGAAUUACGAUUAAACUAGGCAGAGGAAAUGUGUCUAAGGCAAUGCCAGUGCUGCUAUUUCCCAGGGGGGAUGUCUGGGAAUGGCCCCUCGGUCAAGGUUUCCUGGUUAUUGGGAACCCAGAACCUGCUGCCCCAGGGCUCUGGGGUGGACAUGGAGUGGCUUCAGCGCCUCUCGGCGGCCUGUGGAUGCGGCCCUUUGUGUGUAUGGAGAGAAGCUCACCCGUGGGAGCUGCGGUGGCAGUGAUAACACAAGGACCCCUUCAUCGCUGUGACUGCAGAGCUGGCUCCUCCCCAUCUGACAUCGGGGUGUGGUGUGAAAUGACUCCCUUUUCUAUGUGCUCAUGUGAUCAAGGCUGCUUCUGCCAGCCCAGCACCAAGCUCAGAGCGGGAGAGCAGGGAACCCUGGGCGGUCGUCUGGGGUGGCCUGGGCAUCGGGGAUGGCCUGGGCGUCAGGCCGCUCGCACCUUCCAGGGCUCUCUGGCUGCGCCAGGGAGACACCCCAGAGCAUUAGGGACCUCUGCCUUUUUGACGCGGCUCCCAUGGGUAGCAUGCGACACCUCAGGACUAUGAAGGCGGGCAAUACAGUCCCUUCGUCAUCUUAGCUGCGGGCCCUCCUAAGGCCGAGGCUCACUGUGCCGAAAAGGCUGGAUUUGGCGAUGCCGUUCGGAAGUGGGCCUUGGGGCUCGGAGGGACCGUUCCAGGCGGCUUCUGCGGGCCGUGGGUGACCAGGUCUCCGGCCGCUGGGCUGCCGUCUGUGAAGCGGAAUCGCAUGGCUGGAGCCAGACCCCGGCCCGGCGACGGAUGGGGAGCUGCUGUCCCGGGAAGAAUCCUGGGCACGGAGGUUUGAAGAAGCCUCCCUGAGGCGUAAAUAACUGAGCCGAGACCACGGAGCGGGUGUGACUGGGCUCCCGCAGCCUCCGGCAGGAGCAGGUGCCCGCCCCGUCCACACUACAGGAGAGGGAGGCCCUCUUCCCAGAAGCUCGCUAAGCUAAGCUCGCUCUGGGCGAGGAGCUGCAGCCCUGCUGCUGUCAGCUGUCCCUCUGCCCCAGCUCCCCUGCAGACGCCCGCCCGCUCACUUUCCCACCCUCAUACAACCAGGUCGUUCCCGGGAGUAUGAAGGCUUAUCCCAAACGAUGGGAAGCUCCUAUUCACCACCAGCCCUUCAUAUGCGAAAACGCCAGCACGUGGAACUGUUCGGAUUCUGGGCCUGGGCCUCAGUUUCCCCUGCAGCAGGCUCGCCUUAGCCGGGUCCCAUCCAGCAGCUGCCGGGAGGGCCGGGGUCAGUCAUCUGGGGAAGGAAGGGUGGAAGGCCAAGCACAGUCACUCCUAAGACAGCCGGGUCACGUUUAUGACAGAAAACCGCCCGGCAGAGCUGUCGGCUGCCACAAAGCACUCAGCACAGAAACGGCUCUUCCCAGCUGAGGUUGCGCCCUCCUCGGAGUGCACCUCCACGCUUUCAGAACUUAUGUGGGCAUCUGUUCUGUGUGCCUGCUGCGUCAGCUGCUCGCCUCGGUGCCCUUGAAUUCACGUGGCUCCUCAUUAACAUUUAAAAUAAGUGGCCACAGACCUUCCCCUGGAGGUUAUUUUUUCAAAGAAAGAGGAAACCCUGCAACCAGCAGGACUGAGGAGCUGAUUUUUGAGUGGCUCAGAUGAAGGCCAGUGACGCGUACAGUCUACACAACCUCCUCGCUCCGACCCAGCCUGAAAUAAGCCGACGUGACAGGUGUGGCCCUGUGGUGCCGUGACAGCCCGCAGCAGCAAAGCUGGGCCAGAGUGGACAGUGUGUGAUAAGGUGUGUGUGUGUGCCCAUGCGUGCACACACAUGCACGCACACACGUGACCUGAGAGGAGACCUGGCUUUGUGCUCACAGAGGUGACUGCUGCUGUGGCUUCACUGUGGCUCCCGGGAAAUGUCCGGGGUGACCUGCUUGGACGGUGUGUAUUCAGGAGGACCGGACGGCCAAGGCCACUGUGGGCACUCAGGCCAACACACGUGUAACACAGCCAGUGUGUCCUAGCACAGGACUUGCUUUUCAGAGGCAGUUUGGCCCGGGUGACUAAUAGAGGAGCUCCUUGGCGAGGUUAUAUAGCUGGUAUGCCUCCUUGACAUCCUGGCACGGAGGGGCCCUGACUCGGAGGACUCUGGUUGGAGAGUGGCCACCGGGUGGGGCUGACUCCCUGAGAUUUGGCGCCGGGCUGACAUAGAAUCCACACUUUACCCUUUAAGAAGUGCUAAGAGUUCCCCAAGUCAGCCUCCGUGAUAGAUACUCGAAUCUAAGGUAACGUAGUUUGGGGCUUGAGAGAAACCGGUCCAUCAGACUGUGAUCCCUUCUUAAGGAAAAUGUGGAAGAGAAACAAAAGCGAGGCUGCCGUGCUGGGUAGAGCGGGCCUGUGUUGACCUGAUGCAUUAGGAAGUUUUGUUUUUUUGUGGGGGGGAGGGGGAAGGGGUCACGUGGAAGCGCUUUCACAGCAGUUGGGGAGCAGAAGGUCUAGAAGCUGGUUUGGGACUGCACAGCAAUGUCGAAUUUGAUGAAAACUAUAAAGAGAAGAUAUACACUCAGAAAUGUCACCAGCAACUCUGGGAGCCUUCAGAACUGCCUAAGGAGUUUGAACAACACACCCACUCAAAGAAACAGGGAAAGCCAAUCGCAUUGAAAUUCUCUUCAUGCGAAUCACCCUGCCUGGGACUCCCGUGGGGUCUGCGGAUGUGUGUGAGAGGGACCAGGGUUCCAGUUCUGUUUCAUCUUGGGAUAAGCUAUUGUUCUGGAUGUAAAGCUAUCUUCGUUGUCAUUUCUAAAAAUCCGGUAGGUUUCUGGAUAUUGUGAAAACGUUGGGUCCGGAUGUGAUUCUGUAACUUUUAUAGUGUUUUAUUUGGAAGUGAGAGUGUUUGUUUAUAGGAGGUAUUUUCCUAUUUAGACCUCAGGGCUAUUUUGGAACUCCCAAAUAAAUGUGACCCCAGCAGCUUGGGUUUUGAUAUCCAAAAGGUAAAUCAUCUUUAAGUUAAAUAUGAUAUAUUGUUCAGCAGAAAGAAUGUACCUUUCCUUUUUAACUUCUAAUAAAUUCUGUACUUAGUGUUUUAAAAGUGUAGAAAAAAAGAUGUGAUAAUGUAAAAAUGUGGGGGAAAUUGUAGUUAUAGAAUUAAAAAUCACUUGUGAAAUAAAUAUUCUUAUGGUA